UCGUCCUUGGCCUGUCCAUGGCACGCCGGUGUCAGCUGCAUUCACAGGGCUCCAGUGCCGCCUGACCCCUCGGUGGCCGCCCUCCAUGGGCUCCACGAGGCUGGGAGGCCAACCUGCUAGCAGGGUGGGUGUGGUGUGUGGUUUCACUCUGUCUCACGGGGCUCCUCCGAGCUCCAUUCACACCAAAAGGGAGCAGGAGCCAGAGGACAAGUGGGUCCAGCCACUCGGACUCCGGGAGAAUAUGGGCAUCGCCUCUUUCCUUGCAGGACACUCCCUUCUGUUGGUGAAUGGGAACUCCCCUCCUCCUGCGGCUGCCGGCCUGCAGCAGCCCUGCUAGGACAGCCUGACGCUGCAGAAGCUUACACUGCCCCAGGAAGAAGGCGUCCCAGAUCCAAAGCAAAGAGUCUCGGAAGCACCACGACCAGCAGCUGCUGAGCCAUGGCCGAAGGGGAAAUCACAACCUUCACAGCCCUGACCGAGAAGUUCAACCUGCCCCCGGGGAAUUACAAGAAGCCCAAACUCCUCUACUGCAGCAACGGGGGCCACUUCUUGAGGAUCCUUCCGGAUGGCACUGUGGAUGGAACGAGGGACAGGAGCGACCAGCACAUUCAGCUGCAGCUCAGCGCGGAAAGCGUGGGGGAGGUGUAUAUAAAGAGUACCGAGACCGGCCAGUACUUGGCCAUGGACACCGACGGGCUUUUGUACGGCUCACAGACACCAAAUGAGGAGUGUCUGUUCCUGGAAAGGCUGGAAGAGAAUCAUUACAAUACCUACGUGUCCAAGAAGCAUGCGGAGAAGAAUUGGUUUGUCGGCCUCAAGAAGAAUGGAAGCUGCAAACGCGGUCCUCGGACUCACUAUGGCCAGAAAGCAAUCUUGUUUCUCCCCCUGCCAGUUUCCUCUGAUUAAAGAAGUCUAUUCUGGGUGUUGACCACCCCAGAGGAGCCUCGAGGGGUUCUCACCUGGUUGACCUGGAAAUGCUCCCUUGACCAUUGGCUGCGCUAACCCCCAGCCCACAGAGCCUGAAUUCGUAAGCGACGUGCUUCUCAAUGCCCAGUCACUUUUCUGCAGAGCCCUUUACCCCAGCACAGUUUGGAACAGAGGGGACCAAAUUGCUUCUAGGGGCCAAAUGGUUGGCCAGUCUGGGUCUGGGUCUGGAUGUCCAUUUGCCUCUGGGCACCUGCUGCAGGCUGAGCCCCUCAAUGCAAAGGUAGGGGCAAAAGAAGUGUGUGAAGGGGUCUGCCGGGUGAGUCAUUAGUAACUGCACACCACCUCCUUCUACUGAGUAAGCCCGUCUGCGACUCCCCCAAACACCUGGCAUGACUCCCUUUUGUCUUUUCAGUACCCCAAAGAUGCCAGCCAAGAAGCUUCGAGCUAGGUUAGAGGAAAGCAGUACUGUGUGAGCAGACACAGGGACAGAGAACCUCUGUCCCUCUCCACCCUGAGAACAGAAGUUUAAAGUAGAAAGGGAGACUGGAUCUUGGUGGACAACUUAGAAGGAGGGGGUUGCAAGGCAGAAUAAAUGAAGGAGGGGAGGCUCAGCCACGGGAAGGGAAGCCUGUAGCCUUGGGAGUGUAGCCUUGGGAGUGUAGCCCAGAGCCUUGGGAGUCUUACCAUCUCCUUGACCUUCCCACGGUUCUUCAGCAGCGGAAGCCCUGAAUGGCGUCAGGUGGAGAGCAUGAGAUGUGGUUUCAUGAUCAAAGCGAGGAUGCCAGGUGCGGGGAGAUCCCUUUGGGUCUGGGGACUGCAUGUGGGAAUGAUAAGCAAGAAAGGGAAACAUCCGCUAAACGGCUGUAAUCCCCUAAAGGGGUUGAUUUUAGAAGAGAGAAGGAGAGAGAAAGUGAUGCUGAGAGUCGGGCUUGGCCAUGCUGAGCAGAGGCUUCUGGGUCCUAUUGCAGCGCUUCUCCAGUGCUGCUGUGCUUACAAGGCUUCUGGGGACCUGGUUGGAUUUAGAUUCUGCUUCCAUAGGUCCCGGGUGGAUAACGUCUACAGUUCCAACAGGCUCUGCAGUGCUGAAGAUGCUGCUGCCUCCCCACCGUACUUUAAGGAGCCCAGUCCUGGUCCUGAAGAGUGCUCUUCUAAUGAAGGUGGCCCAGAUUCCCGACCCUCUGCUCACCCAGGCUCGCCCUCAAAAACGCACACCCAUGAGUACACCUGAGCAUUCAGGCAGCAUCUGCAAUAUGUGUACCAGUGCUAGGGAGCAUGGUUUGAAGGCGCUUUGGCCCAAUGCCUAUAAAACACCCAUUUAGAAGACAUACAAAAGGGUACUUCAAAAAUGUUAAACCCUCACAAACAGCUUUUCCCAAGAGACCAUUUGGUGUUACCAUUACUUGUAUAAAUAUGCUUCCUGCUUAAAGUAAACUUGACCCAAGUGGCUAGCAAAUUAGAAACACCAUUCAUCUCUGACAUACAAUACUGAUGCCAUGGAAAGGCCUUGAAUAAGCCAUUUAAAUUUACUGUGAGAAUGUAUGUUCUAAUCACAUUUUAAAAUACAUAGCUCAAAAGCAGUUAAACUAAUUAGUAUUCAGCCACUGAGAAUGAUAAUAAUAGGAUACAACAUGCAAGCUACUCAAUUAUCUAAUACUUAUACUACAUUUACCUAUAAAAUGAUACUUUUCUUUGUUUUCCACUGUGCUGUUGCAAAUUUUCUUUUGAAAAUGAGGACUUUUAAGCAAUGAUAUAAUUGUGCAUAAAAAAUAAUGAAAGUGUGAGCUCACGUUUUAUAAGAAGUUGAAGUAAUUGUUCAUUGAAAACCAUUCUUUAGUAACUGAACUGUCAUGUUUAGAAUUGAAGGACAAUGGCAACAUGCGAAAGUUUAAAGCAAUAGUGCAAUUGAAGAACUGAGCUAAAUAAGUUGACAAUAUGGAUAAUCAUAGUAUUCUAGAUUUGUACAGCAAAAUGAUUUCAUAACUUUUUUGUUUCUGUAACUUGGAUAAGAUGAAUCCAUUUUGUUUUAGUAAAUCUUUGCAGGCAAGUUAGAGAUAAUGCAGUGUGGCUUAACAUCUCUUUAGUGUGAAGAUUUGACCAGAAAAUGGUACCCAGAGAGGAAAUCUAAGUAUUUAUAAUGGUCCAUAAUUUUUAUCAUAUGAAUCAAAUUCAGCAUAACAUUGGCCAAGUAAAAUUAAAUACCAUUUUUCGUAGAUGAGAAGUCUGAUUGCAGAGAAUUACAGUAGACGCACUAAUGUGAUUUCGGCAGCCUCGGCCCAGUCCACAUUCGUGUGUUCGUUCAAUGAAUAUUAAGUACCUACUGUGUGCCAGGCACCGUACUGGGUCCUGGGAUCCCUGGAAACCUUGUCAUUUGGUUUGCUGCUGUAUCCUCUCACAGGGCAUUAUAUUUAUGAUGAAAGAUGGUGUGAAUUCAUUUCUUUCAGUCAGGUAUACACACAGACUUUGUAGAUUCCUGCUGAGUAAACAGCAAGCCCCAGACACCCAGAUUUUGGAAGAAGUAGGAACCCCCAGCAUAAGCUGAGCCCCCAUCAAAGUGUCAGAGGAUGUGGCAAGGUAAAUGUAACACUUCCAACGUCAGAAACAGGCCUGCUUCGGGGGGCUGCUUUCAAAUCAGGAAAAGAGCCUGUCAGGUCUUGUAAGAAGGGAGUGGUUGGUCGUUCCCUGCUGUUUUGAACACGCUCUAGUUCCUUAACAGGGGGCCCUUCCCAUUGCUCUGUCUUCCCUGAGUAAGUCCUGUAGCCACCUGCCUGUCACGUGCCUCUCAUGCGACCCAUUUUCAGGCCCACUCUGCGCAGCGCAUCAGAAGCUUGUGUGCUUCUGGUUGUGUGCAUUGGUGGCGGAGGUGAGGCCUCGGGAGACAGGAUGAUUCGAGUCCCUGUGGUCCAACAGUGUGCCCUACAAGAAACUGACUUGAGCAUCAGCCAUUAAUGAAGAACUAGGAUACUGCUUUGUGUCGGAGGCAAAGGAUCCCAAGUCCCCAGGUCCUCCGCUUUGUAGAGCAUCUGCCUACAACCAAGCUUACAGAGACCUCCGAGGAAGAUGCCUGCCAUUAUACAUCAUUGUCUUUUCUUGUAGCCUAGCCUGCACCUUACAAAUACUAAUAAAAGUUCCAUGAAGAGGUGA